UCAAGGAUUUUACGUGUUUCUCCUCCUCGGUUAAGGUGCAGCGGGGAUCAUGUUUUAAACCGGCAGGAGCAACGGAGGCAGAGAUCAAUGACAACAGCCAGCUCACUGAUUGGUCUCGGGCCUGAGUGACAGCCAGACGUUUGCCAGCAAUGGGUUGGAAGUUGGAUUUGUCGGGUCUGACGGACAAUGAGGCGGAGCAUGUGCUACAGGUGGUGCAGCGGGACAUGACGUUACGCAAGAAGGAGGAGAAGCGACUCAGUGAACUGAAGCAGGAGCUGGAUGAGGAGGGCAGUCGCUGCCUCCUGCUGUCACGGCAGAGUUGCUUCAACCGGCGCUGCUGCAUCCGCUGCUGCUUGCCCUUCACCUUCCUGCUCAACCCCAAACGCCAGUGCCGCGACUGCCGCUACAACGUCUGCAAGGCCUGCAGGGUCUACGUGAAGCAGGACAAAGCCUGGCUCUGCUCCGCCUGCCAGAAGAGCAGGCUGUUGAAGACACAGUCACUGGAAUGGUUCUACACUAAUGUGAAGAGGCGCUUCAAGCGAUUUGGCAGCGCCAAAGUGCUGAAGACUCUCUACAGGAAGCACUUGGCUCAGCGCAAUGCGCUCUCAGAGCUGACUGAGGGCAGCGCCUACGAGGAGAGCGUCUGCAAUGAGGGCAGCGUCUGUGGGAGCGACUCGACCUUCUACAGACAAAGUGAAGAGCACAGCAUGGCGGAGACGCUCACUGUGGCCUUGCGGGUGGCAGAGGAAGCCAUAGACGAGGCCAUUUCCGAGGCGGAGUUCGACACUGCCAGUCAGGAGAAGCAGGAUGAGGCCCAAUAUCUGCGGGAGCACAGACGAGAGCUCAUAGACGAACUGGCUAAAACUAUUGUGCAAAAAAUCAUUAACAGGAAGAAGACUUUGGCUGAGAAGAGGACAGAGUACGACCAGGACUGGCCCCUCGGACAAACCACCGACCCUCAUCAUCCUCAUCCUCAUCAUCAUCAUCAGUCAACCUGUGAUGAAGCCUCCUGCUCGCUCACACACCAACCAGGCCUCUGGAGGUCACACUCUGCCUUCUCCCUGUUGGCCACCGACGCUCCAGGGCUGAUACAAGAGUCUCUGCAAACGCUGAAGAAAGAAGGCAGCGGCUCGACCAUCUCUGCCUGGAAGAGUGUGGACCGCCUCGACAACGCUGUCCUGAAGAGCCCAGACGGGAACUGGAUCGCCCUGCAGAGCACCCAGCUGUCCCGCCCCACCUUGCUGACCCAAAGGAAGAGCCAGGUCUACAGUGCCUUGGAGAGGGAGUCCGGGGUGGUGUCCGCCUACGAAGCCAUGGACUCUGACGACGAGGACCAGCCUGAACCCGACAGCUCCUGGGGCGCUGCCCUCCAGCAGAUCCACAGGAAGAUGACGGACUGUAACCUGAACCUGCAGGACGCUCAGGACAGUGUGGCGUCCCCGCUGACGAGCCGCAGAAGCAGCAGAGAUGCUCGGUUUUCAGACUCCGAGGGGAACAGGAAACCUCAUAAACCUCUGGUCGCGCUCCUUAAGAGGAAGGUGCCUGCGGAGAUCAGGCGACCUUCAGCAUCACGAAGGACGAGUAUCAUUGAUGUGAACUUCAACGUAGAAGUAGCGUCGGAGGAAGAGGAGGAGAGGAGCGGUGUGGCUGCUGAGCCGGAGGGGGGGAAAGCCAGGAGAUCGCGGAGGAAAAGGAAGAGUAAAAGAGUAGCUGCUUCUUCUUCAGUGUCGGAUUUAAAAAAGAAAGAGAAUGAGUCCCGACCUAAUUCUGAUGCCCUGACGUCCGACACGUUGACCUGUGAAGCCACGACCCCUGAACCCUUUGACCCCGAGAGCGACACCUCUGGACAUGCAGCGAAUCAGACGGACGAGGAGCUUGAAUUAGAAUUACAACAGCGUGCAGGCCGAGUGUCAGCAGCUUCCAAUCGAGAGAAGGUGCUCGAGGAAGACAGAAUCUCUGAUGAUGAUGGACUGAGAGAGGAAAGGAGACAAGGAAGUGAGGAUGGAGAUGACGAAGAGGAGAGGUUGUGGAAGAUGGAGGUCGACUUGGAUGAAGGAAGAAUGGAGAACGAGAGGGCAGAGGAUGAGAAAGAUUAUGAAGUAGAUGACGAAGAGAUGAAGCACAGAUUGUACAGACUCGUGGCACAGUCCAGUCUCAAUUACCUUUCCUCUACCGAUGACGAGUUGGACAGAGUCGGCCCAAGUGAGGGAGAAUGGGAUGAAGACAAUAACGAGGAAGAGGAGGAGAAGACGGAGGGACUCACUUACAAACUCUGUCGACUGGAGAAGGAAGUGAGAGCGACGCAGUUCUCCUCCACAGAAGACGAGCUGGACAGACUUGGCGUCGACGAGAGGAAGACAGAGGAGGAGAGUGGGAGCCACGAGGAGCUGGCUGUGAAAGUGUGCAGAUUAGCAAACCAAGUCCAGGCCGUCCAGUUUUCCUCCACAGAGGACGAGCUGGACCGAGCGGGCCGAGGCGGAGACGGGGAGCAAGGGAUGGACGAGGAGACGCUGUGGACGUUACAGGCUGAAAAGGCAGUUCAGGCCGCUCAGCUUCGAGAUCUGGCCAGUCUGGUCAGCGCCUCGCAGUUUUCAUCCACCGAGGACGAGCUGGAUAGAGUUGAACAGGACGAGGGGGAGAGGGGGCAGGAGGUCAAUGAAGGAGAGAUGCAGAGCAGCUUUGAGACGGAGGAGGUUUGGGGAGGAGCAGAGGUCAGGAGAGAAUCAUUCGAAGAUCUGGAUGUGAACAUGUUUGAUUUGAGGGAUGAAAGUGAGGAUGAGAAAGCAACAGAUGAGGAUGUUUUGGACGAUGAGAGACAGAGGGAAAAUCCUGAAACAAGCGCGAUCGCGAUAAGAGAGAGGGUUGAGGAUGAGAUAACAGCCGUAGAGACGCAUGUACGUGAGGACCAGGCUGACACCGAGACACGAGGGGGAGACGAGAGGAAAUCGGUGGUUGAAGCUGAGAAAACAGAAGAGAUGAUCGACUCAAAUGAGACACGAGUGGAAAAAGACAAUCAGCCAGAGGCAUGGACGCCAGACAACAGCAAAGACGAGAAGUUAAAAGAAAGCGAAGAGGGUCAGGAGAGGUGGGAAGCGUCAGCGGACAGUGAGGAGGACGACGCAGAAUUUGACAGAAUCAUCAGCAGCAUGUUGAUGAUGACUUUAGACGACAUGCAGGUGGAAACAGCUGCAGAAAACGGGAGAGUAAAUAAAGAGCUGCCCGCCACAGAGGGAGAUGGAAGCAUUCAAAUAAAGGAGGAGAGUGGUGUCACAGAAAAGGACGCUGAGGCACAAGGUAGAUACGAUUCAGAGGAGACAGGAAGUGUGGAGAAAGUAGAAAAUGCAACUGAGAAAAACGAGCAGGAAGAAAAAGAUGCAGAUCCACGAGAUGGAAUAAGUUUGGAUCUUGAGACAAACAAGACCCAACAGACGUGUGAGAAAAAAGAAGAGGAUGAUGAGGAACGAGAGGAAGGAAGUGGAAAAAUAGCGAUGGAGCAGAAAAUUAUGGAGGAAGCUGCUGCAGAGUGUGAAAGUAAAGAAAAGGACGAGAAACUGGAGGAAACUCAGGAAAAGAGGGAUGAAGACAGCUCUUCUCUUCAAGAGGGGUUUCUGUCCCCAGAGGAGAUUCAACAUAGGUAUUCAGCGGUGUCCCUGUGCCGCAUCACCACUCAGGUGCUGAAGGUGCUGAACGCCACUGAGGAGCUGCUGCAGGGAGUCGAGGGAGGAGACGGAGCCCGGCCCUCCUCCACCUCCCUGCCCCCAAACACCGACGCCAAGAAGCUGGACCAACAGUUCUCCAGACUGGAGGAGAACGUGUAUGUGGCGGCUGGUUCAGUGUUCGGUCUGGAGGCGGAGCUGAGUGACCUGGAGGAGUGUGCCAGGGGAAUCCGCAGCUCCACCUCCGACCUGGAGCUGUCCUUCCUGGAGGAGCAGGUGGCGUCAGCUGCUGCCAAGGUCCAACAGUCGGAACUACAGAUCGGGGACAUCUCCACGAGAAUCGCUGCGUUGAGGAGCGCCGGCCUCAACGUGGACACACAGUCACGCUUAACUAAGGCCAGAUCCAUUCCAGUUAUGCCGGUCACCCUCGACUCAACCAGACAACUGAGGAGGCGACUUCCUGCUCCACCAGCGAAAGAGGACAAAGAAACCUAAAUCACGGACCCAGGACCGUUGCAGUACCUCCAACACAGCAGUGCCUUGACCUUUGACCCUGCAGCCUACAAGCCAGUCUUAAAUUAUCCCGUCGGGUUUUAUUUUUGCCUUAAUUUUAUCUUAAACAUACCUCAAUUAAUAUGGGACACUAGUGCUCUUCGUAGAUCGUGUGUGGAUGUGCAGUAAAUCUUUGAUUCUGGUGUCGUCUUCAGAAAUGUACAGUAGAUGAAAUGACUUUAUUUUCGGAUUUGACACCAAACUGUUUUGAAAUUGUGUCCAUAUUUAAAAAAUAAGUCCUGUGAAAUGAUUCUGUUACACAGUCAGUGAUAAAAAAAAUGAGUUGGACAUUUAACUUUCUGAUAAUUAAAGUUUUACAAAUGAUGUGUAGUGACAGAAAAGGCACAGCAUCAUCAUUUUACUGUAUCAUGAAUAUACAGUCCACACAAGAACAAUUAUAGCAUGUUAGAAAAAUGUUGAAGGACUGUCUAACAGUGA